AUGGAAACAAAUCAAAAGAACAACUUUGUUUGCAAGUUUUGCAACAAAAGAUAUCCAUGCGGCAAGUCUUUGGGUGGUCAUAUCAGGAUCCAUUUGAAUGCUAAUGGAACUUCUUCAAUUGAUGAAGAAGCCAAGAUUAAGGUAAGCAAGACCGAAAGCAACAGCAAGCAAAUCUCUGUGUCUGAACCUGGUAGUUAUGUUCUUCGAGAGAACCCCAGGAAAACAAGCAGGUUUGUGGCGGAUUCAAGCAACACUACUUCACUACCAGAGAAGGUUUGUAAGGAAUGCGGUAAAGGCUUUCAAUCACUGAAAGCACUGUGUGGUCACAUGGCUUGUCAUUCUAAGAACUACUUUCAAGACCAGUCGGGGACUACUGAGAAGCUGAAAGAAACAGUUGUGGACAACCAAUCAGAUAGUGAGACAACUGAUCCAAGUAAGCCAAGGAGAUCCAAACGAAUGAGGUACAAGACUGUUGAUGUUUACGCUCCUUCAUUAUCUUUGGCAAAUGCUGCUUCUUUAUCUUCUACUUCUGAUAUAGAGCAAGAACAAGAGGAAGUGGCUAAGUGUUUGAUGAUGUUGUCUAAGGAUUCUGGUUUUAAAGGUUGUUUUAGUUCAGUUGCAGAUUCUUCAGAUAACAAUUCUGUGGUUUUAGAGGGUAAAUCCUCAUCUAUGAAAAUGAGGAUCGAUGUAAAAAAUGGCGUUAAUUUUGUGUCUAGUGGUAUCGAGCCAUUAGAUAUGAAGAAAGCAACGCAGAGGGGGUUUGUUUCUACCGAAAAUGACCAGUCUGAGAACUCUGAUUCCGGGUAUUUUAGGAAAGGUCCCAAGAAGGUUGCUGUUCAUGGGUUUGCUAGGACUGAUGACUUCAAGAAGAAUCAAGUAGAAUUUGGGUCUAGUUAUGAUGAUGAUUUUGAUGCUGAACCAGGGAAAAGAUUAAGCAGGUUUAGGCGUAUUAGAACUCAGUUAGGGAAGGAUUUCAUUGAGGAAGAUGUAUAUGAUCAAGCCGAUAGAGAUUCGAUGGAUUCGCAAAAGAGAUGCAAGAAUGAGUCAUGUGAAUUUCUUAGCAGCAGUGUUCAUAAGAAGGGCAAAUGUGUUUCUCUUGGGGGACGCAGAACCAGCCAUAACAAGGCUAAUGGCUGCAGUGAUUCAAUAUAUGAGAGUGGCGAGAACAGUGUAGAUACUGACUAUGUCCCUAAUCCAAUUCCUCGAAGCAGCAAGAUGAUUCAAUCUAGAAGUGGAAAAAUUCCAAUUGAGAAGAAUUCUUCUGGCAAAGCAGAGAAAAAAUUGGGGUUGAAAAAAGGAAAAGUACAUGAAUGUCCUUUCUGUCCUAAGGUUUUCCGAUCAGGUCAAGCAUUGGGUGGUCAUAAGAGGUCCCAUUUUAUGGGUGCUGCCAGGGAAAGACCUGUGGUGAUUGAGCAAGAUGUGCCUGAGAUAUCGAUGCGUGGGCUAAUUGAUCUUAAUCUUCCUGUUGCUAUGGAGGAAGAGGCAGAUGGGUUCGGGCCAUGGUAA